AUGACGAAACAGCGUGGCGCAGAUGUGUACCACUUGCAUGACAACCUGGUUGCUCUCAAUCCUCGAAACUUUACAAAGUUCUUCUUACCGCAUUUGAGUUGGAAGAGGGUAACUUGGACUAUAUGUGCCUACCUUUGGCCGCCGAUCCUGGCUGGCUAUCGUGAGAUCGAUCGAUUGGCGGAGACACUGGCCUGUGUUGGAUUGCCAGUCUCGUGCCAGGAAGUCAAUUUGGAACUCGAGAUCCGGAAGGACGUACCCGAGUUUCGCGAAAGCCUACAGCAGCAGGCCAACCUUUGUCAAAAGAUUGGAUUCGUGACUGGCGAGAGCACUCAAGGGCAGGUACACACUGCUCAGCCUGCGGGUCUGAGAAGAAGUGAUGGGUCAAUCUUGCCAUUUGAUGCGACAAAUUCGAAACAGUACACUUGGGUCGGCAGCGGCCAGGCUCGAUGGGGUACGAGUGCCCUCAUCAUGGAGAAAGAGACCGUCAAGUACCGCACCAUCAGGCUAUGUUGGCGGGCGAGAGUGCCACGAAGAGAGUAUAUGAGCUAUGACUAUAUGAACUGUUUGGACCUGAACAAUUGUGAGGAGGUCGAAGGCAUUAAGCAAGGCGGUCUCGAUGAUACGUCACUUAGAAGUCCCGCAACACAUCACUGA